CAGGAAAAGGAAAAAAAAAUCGGAGCUCUCCUCUCUUCGUGUCCUCUUCCUCUCCUUCACUUCUUCCUUCCAACCUCCCCUGCUCGCGCGUAACCUGGGCCGCCGCCGCUUCCCUCCCGUCCACACCUCACGGUCCCGCCUCAACCGCGCCGCCUAAUCCUGCCUUCGCCUCCGCGCGGCUCGCAGCCCUCGUUCCCGCGGGGAUCGCCCGACCGUCCUCCCACCUCCGCCCGCGUGGGCUCUUCUUCGGGAUCUCGUCGGUCCGAACGGCGCGGGGCUAGGGAUUCAAGCCCAUGGCGUGGCGGCGCGUCCUCACCCAGAUUGCAAAGCAUCGACCCACAAAAGCAAUCUACAAUGAGCUAGUUGCUUCCUCCCCUUUGGGCACUCUUAGAAGUGAAGUCACUGCAGGUGCAAGAAUUAGAAACUUACAAGAGAGGAAUCAGUCAAGCUAUAUUGGAAGCCUUGCACGCCGUGUGCGAGACCUAGACUCACCAAGCGAAACUUCCCUGCUUAAAGAGAUUUACAGAAGUGACCCAGAACGUGUCAUACAAAUAUUUGAAAGUCAACCUUCACUCCAUUCCAAUCCAGCAGCACUUUCAGAGUAUGUAAAAGCUCUCGUAAGGGUUGAUAGGUUGGAUGAGAGCACCUUGCUUAAAACAUUGCAGAGAGGUGUUGCUGCUUCUACAAGGGUGGAAGAAAGCUUUAGUAGCAUUCCAGCAUUAAUUGGUGCUGGCCAAGCGACAAAAGAUGGAGUUCUUGGCACUGCAAAUGCACCUAUUCAUAUGGUUACAGCAGAAACGGGUCAAUUUAAAGAUCAGCUUUGGCGUACAUUCCGAAGCAUUGCACUAACUUUCCUUCUUAUUUCGGGUAUCGGGGCUCUCAUCGAGGAUAGAGGAAUCAGCAAAGGCCUUGGUCUGAAUGAAGAGGUUCAACCAAGCAUGGAGUCUAAUAAUACGAAGUUCAGUGAUGUAAAGGGUGUUGAUGAAGCAAAAUCUGAACUUGAAGAAAUAGUUCAUUACCUCCGAGAUCCCAAGCGCUUCACACGUCUUGGUGGAAACCUUCCAAAAGGUGUCUUGCUUGUCGGCCCUCCUGGCACUGGGAAAACCAUGCUAGCAAGGGCUAUUGCUGGCGAAGCUGGUGUACCUUUCUUUUCAUGCAGUGGAAGUGAGUUUGAGGAGAUGUUUGUGGGAGUUGGAGCUCGAAGAGUGCGCGACCUUUUUGCUGCAGCAAAAAAGCGAUCUCCUUGUAUAAUAUUCAUUGAUGAAAUUGAUGCAAUUGGUGGUAGCAGGAAUCCAAAGGAUCAACAGUAUAUGAAGAUGACCUUGAACCAGUUGCUUGUCGAGUUGGAUGGCUUUAAGCAGAAUGAGGGGAUAAUUGUCAUCGCUGCAACCAACUUCCCUGAGUCACUAGAUAAAGCCUUAGUCAGACCUGGACGUUUUGACCGUCAUAUUGUUGUUCCCAAUCCGGAUGUUGAGGGUCGGCGGCAAAUUCUGGAGUCCCAUAUGUCAAAGGUCUUGAAGGGUGAUGAUGUGGACUUGAUGAUCAUUGCCAGGGGAACACCAGGAUUCUCUGGUGCUGACCUUGCUAACUUGGUAAAUGUUGCUGCUCUUAAGGCUGCCAUGGAUGGUGCAAAAGCUGUCACAAUGGAUGAUCUUGAGUAUGCAAAGGACCGAAUCAUGAUGGGUAGUGAGCGAAAGUCAGCAGUUAUUUCUGAUGAAAGCAGAAAGUUGACGGCAUACCAUGAGGGAGGGCAUGCUCUUGUUGCCAUCCACACAGAGGGUGCUCACCCUGUCCACAAAGCUACCAUAGUACCCAGAGGGGUGGCCCUAGGAAUGGUGGCCCAGCUACCUGAAAAAGACGAGACUAGUGUGUCGAGGAAACAGAUGCUGGCAAAUUUGGAUGUCUGCAUGGGUGGACGUGUGGCGGAGGAGCUGAUAUUUGGGGAUACUGAAGUGACAUCUGGUGCGUCAUCUGAUUUCCAGCAAGCAACUGCAACAGCAAGAGCAAUGGUUACUAAAUAUGGCAUGAGCAAGCAGGUUGGCCUUGUCUCUUACAACUACGAAGAUGAUGGAAAGAGCAUGAGUUCAGAAACAAGACUUUUAAUUGAGCAGGAGGUGAAGAAUUUCUUGGAGAAUGCAUACAAUAAUGCAAAGACUAUUCUCACGAAACACAAUAAGGAGCUCCAUGCUCUAGCCAACGCACUUCUUGAGCAUGAGACUCUCACAGGAGCCCAGAUAAAGAACAUAUUAGCCCAGGUAAAUAACAAGCAGCAACAGGAGCAUGCCAUUGAAGCACCACAGAAGACCUCUGCCGCUCCAGCUUCCCCUGCAUCACCAGCUGCAUCAGCCGCAGCAGCUGCUGCUGCAGCCGCUGCAGCCGCACAGCAGGCGGCAGCCAAAGCUAAGGGGGUAGCUGGUAUUGGAUCUUAAUGCAUGGAGCACCCACCAGUUUGCAUUGCGUAUAUUUCACCAAACUAGCAAGCUGUUCCUGCAAUUGCCGGUCAAGACGAUCAUCAGGAGUAUCCUAAACUACUGCAGCAAUAGAACAUACUGAUUAUGUGUAAGCUACUGAUUGUGCCUCGAGCGCAAAACAAAAGACAAACUCUACACAUUGUAGUAGGCACAUUUAGCUGGUGCUUGAAUCAGUUUUGUACCCACAUCGAAAACGAUUUCUGUUGUUUAGACCCUAAUAAUUGUUAGCCUUUGAUCUGCCUGCCUUAUGUACCUAACAGAGCAUAAAUUGUAACAUUCUGAAUAAGUUGAAAAUGCGGUAGCUGAUAA